CUGCGCUGCAUCAGCUGCGACCCUGCACGUGUUGUGUUUUUGUGCCGUCUGCUCAGAGCACAGCAGACCUAGUCGGCUCUUUCGAACAGUAACUUUGACUUUUGUCUGUCGUCCUCACUAAGGAUCAGUGCGGACGAAUACUUGGAAAAGAAGACCCUCUUUGUCUCAAAAAUAACCUUUAGAAGCAACCAGCCAUUUAGUUCUGACUCACUUGCAAGUUAUAAUGUAGGUUAGGUUUUCUUGUACAAGGCAACGAGAGCAGAACGAGCAGAACAGAAUCAGAGAGAAAAGGGACUCAGAUAUUCAAGGCAUUAGCAAACUCAAAUAUGUGGGUUGUUCUGAAGCAAAUUGUUAAACUUGGGUCAAACCAGCUUAAAGGCUACAGUAAUGUAUAUUGUCAUGGUUUGAGUAACAGAUUGUGUAUUUCACGGAUUCAACAGAAUUGGCUCAGCUCUCAGUCUGCAGGGCAGGCAGUCAAAAAUGUUACUUUAAAUCCUGAGAUUGAUAACUCGCCUUACCUUUUAACCAAGGAGCAGGAAGAACAUAUCACGCAAGGAGAUCCUGAAUUAAAUCAAAAGUUGCACGCGCUAACACUUGAACUGUAUGUUAAAAGAGAGAAAGGAGGUAGAUUACCUGAAACAGUCUCACUUGACAACCUUAGGAUCAUGUUAGGCCUUUCUGUCUCACGCCGCAAAGCAUUUUUGAAUUACUUGUGUAACAUAGAGGUGUUAAAAAAAGAGAAAGCAAAGGAACCACGAAAGGAGAGAUUUCAGAGACCUAUAUCAACAUCAGAGCAUCCUUGGCUAGAAUACAGAGUGCAUGAAAAUUGCCUCUUCAUGCGUUUUUUUAAACAAGAUCGAAAUCAGCUCUACAACUUAAAUGCAUUGAGGGGUUUGCAAUUUGGCCAGAAAGUUAUAAUAGAUUGCUCAUAUGAUGCAAAUAUGGAUGAAAUUGCAAUGAAGAGGGCAGCUUUACAGAUAUUAAAAUGUUACUACAGUUCUCGUAAAAGUAGAAGACCAUUCUCCCUGCAUAUUUGUAAUCUUGAUGUUGAUAGCAGAGUACUAUAUUAUCUACAGAAAAGCCAUCCAGGAUUUGAUACCAGUGUUCCCAUUGACAUUCACUCAGGAUCUUAUUUGGAGCUGUUUGACAGGAAAAAUUUAGUUUAUCUUUCUCCUCAUUCUGACAAUGAGUUGAAAUAUAAUACAGAAGAUACAUACAUCAUUGGUGCAUUUGUUGAUUUCGAUACAUCUCACCCUUUGAGAUUAUCCGCAAAGAAGGCGGCUAAAGAGAACAUACGACAUGCUGCCCUGCCUAUAGAUAGGUAUCUGAAAUGGAGGAAGGGAACCAAAUCCCUGUGCAUUAAUCAAUGUUUUGACAUUCUCUUGGAUGUCAAGAAUACUGGGGACUGGUCCAAAGCUCUUCAGGCACAUACACCCUCGAGAAAAACUUUCAACUAGUUUGAAGUUAUUUCCAUAAUAAAGUUAUUCAUAACCAUCCUCAA